UUCAGCGGCCAUGUUUGAUGUUUAUUUGAAUUUUGGAUAAAAACAUCUCUUAUCAUCUGUAGUUAUAGUGUGCUGUCUGUUUUUUUUUAAAGCUAAACGCAAUUUGACAAAGUUCUUUUUACCAUGGGUGAUUCUGACAGUGAAAAUAUCCAUAGCAUGGGAUUUUUGGACAGACUAGAAAUAGAGAAUUUCAAGUCUUACAAAGGAAAACAUGUAAUAGGGCCAUUUAAAAAGUUUACUGCUAUCAUUGGACCAAAUGGUUGUGGAAAAUCUAAUUUAAUGGAUGCUAUAAGUUUUGUGUUUGGUGAGAAAACAUCCAGUCUUCGUGUUAGGACUGUUAAGGAUCUAAUUCAUGGUGCACCAAUCAAUAAACCAGUUUCAAGCACUGCAUCAGUAAAAGCUGUUUAUUGUGAAAAUGAUGGAUCUGAAAUUUCCUUUACUCGAAGAAUUAUUGGUAGUGGGACAGAAUAUCGAAUUGACAAGAAUGUGGUGCCUCCUGCUGAGUACAACAAAAAGCUUAAAUCCAUUGGAAUCUUUGUAAAAGCUAAAAAUUUUUUAGUUUUUCAGGGAGCUGUGGAAUCCAUUGCUAUGAAGAACCCAAAAGAACGAACACAGAUGUUUGAAAAGAUCAGCGGAUCAGGAGAACUUGUCUCUCAAUAUGAGACCAAGAAACAAGAGAUGCAGCAAGCAGAAGAAGAUACGACUUUCAAUUAUCAAAAAAAGAAGGGAAUCAUGGCUGAAAGAAAAGAAGCCAAGGCAGAAAAAGAUGAGGCUGAAAAAUAUCAGAAGUUGGUCAAAGAAUAUAAUGACAAUAAACUAGAGGCUCAUCUGUUCAAACUGUAUCACAAUAAGAAGGAUAUUGAAGCUUUAAAUACAAGUUUAGAUAACAGUAACAACGCCCUGUCAACCUUGUUAGAAAAACGCAGGCGAGUUGAAAAUGAGUUGAAAGGCAAAAAGAAAGAGCAAGGGGAGAUAUCAAGAAAACAUGCUGUGUUAGACAGAAAGAUCAAAGAUAAGGAAAAUGAACUUGGAGAAUUAAGACCGAUUUAUAUUAAAGCAAAGGAAAAUACAACACACGUUACCCAGAGACUUGAAACAAAACGGAAAGCACUGGCAAAAGCUCAGAACGUUCACAAGAGACACAAAGAUGAGAUCAAGCAUCUACAGAAUGAGCUGCAAGAAGUCAGCGAUCGUGCUCAGCAAUAUGAAGAAGAAAUUGCUGAGGAAAGUCAGAAAGAGGAUAUGGAGCUAAUGUCUUCUCAACUUGAAGAGUACAAUAGUUUGCGUGAAAGAGUUGGAAUACAAUCUUCUAUUCUUCGUGAAGACUUGAAUAAGAUCAAUCGUGAUCAAAAAUCAGAGGAAGAAGAUCUUGAACAAGCAAGACAACAACAGGCUGAUUUAACAGCGGAGGAAAAUAGAUUAAAUGAUGAAAUCCACCAACUGGUCGAACGAAAGCAAAAGCUUCUGGAUUAUAUCAGAACAAAUGAAGAAAGACUGAGAAAAGAUGAAGGUGAAGCGGAAACACUUGAGCAGCUUAUCAGCGGUGCUGAGCAGAGGUAUCAAGAACUUAAUGACAAAGCAAACGAAUAUCAAUCGAAAAUUAACGAGUCCAAGGUUGACAAGAACGAGAAUAUAAGAUACCAAAAAAAACAAGAAUUGUUGGACAGUCUGAAACGAUUGUUUCCUGGUGUUUAUGGUUGCCUUAUUGAUCUUUGCGAACCCGUUCACAAGAGGUAUAAUAUUGCUAUCACCAAAGUACUUGGUAAAAACAUGGAUGCUGUUGUUGUUGAUACUGAGAAGACUGGUAAAGAAUGCAUUCAGUACAUUAAAUCCAAGAAUGGUGAUCCAAUUACAUUUCUUCCUUUGGACACUAUUCAAGUGAAAGCAUUGGAUGAAAAAUUGCGUCAAAUAGGCGGAACUGCAAAGCUUGUUAUGGAUGUUAUCCGCUGUGAACAACCUCCAGUGAAGCGGGCACUCCUUUUUGCAUGUGGUAAUGCUCUUGUGUGUGACAGUGUUGGGGAAGCUAGAAAGUUUGCGUUUAGUGGUCAGGAGAGAAGAAAAACCAUUUCUCUUGAUGGCACCAUGUUCCAGAAAUCCGGAGUCAUUUCAGGAGGAGCGAGUGAUUUACGUUCUAAAGCCAAGAGAUGGGAUGAGAAGAAUGUCGAAGCGAUGAAAAAGAAACGGAACGAUUGUUUAUCUCAGUUGAAAGAAGUUGCAGCUGACAGACGAAAGAGACCAACUUUGGAUAAUAUCAAGUCCCAAGUUGUAGGUUUACGAACAAGAUUGCAAUAUACUCAACGUGAAGUGGAGUCAAAUGAAAAACGACAACGUGAUGCGACAAUGCAAGUUGAUCUUGGAAGACAAAACGUGCAAUCUCUCAAGCCCAAAAUAGAGAAAUAUGAGCAAUCGCUCAGCGACAGAAAGAAGUCGAUUGAGAAAGUUCAGGAGAGAAUAAAAAAUAUGGAAGAUGAGAUUUUCCAAGAUUUUUGUCAGUCAAUUGGCGUUGAUAAUAUAAGACAAUAUGAGGAGAAGCAACUGAAGACCCAAAAAGAAAGGUCAGAGCGACGAUUGCAGUUUUCAAAUCAAAAAUCCAAGUUAAGAAGUCAGCUUCAGUACGAGCAGGGUCGUGACACUAAAGCACCCGUGAAAAAACUUCUAAAGGAUAUCGAAGCUGAUGAGAACAACAUUGUAAAACUAAAACAAAAUGAAAAGAACGAACUGGAGGCUAUAAACAAAGAAACAGAUGCUGUUAAUAAGUUACGCCUGGAACAGCAAGCAAUGAAGUCACAACUGGAUGAAAAGGAACUUCAAGUGAAAGAUGUGAGAAAAACAUUGAAUAAUCAAGCAAAAGACGUAGGAAACAAACAGAAAGAAAUUACAUCAAUUGAAGCAGAAUUGGAACAGAAGAGAAGUGAACGACAUGGCACCCUAAAGACCUGCAAGCUCGAUAAUAUUCCGCUACCCUUUCGCCGAGGAAGCAUGGAAGACAUAGAACUGUCUGGUUCAGGAUCAAGUCAAACCGAUACAACAGACCAAACAGACUCUAUGGAUACUGAGCAAGAUGUCAGUGAGGGAACCCGUGCAUUACUUCGAGAAUUAGAUAAUAUUCAGUUAGACUACCAUAGUUUGAGAAGAGAUCUUAAAAAUAUCAAGGGUGCAUCAGACGUUCGAAAUAUGGAGAAAGACAUUUUUGAUAAACUAAGCAAGUUAGAGACAACAUUGCAAAGAAUCCAAGCUCCUAAUAUGAAGUCAAGGGAAAAAUUCGAAGGUGCAACGAGUCGAUUACAAGAAACAAGCGAACUUUGUGAUAGAUCAAGAGAGAGAUCAAGACAGUCAAAAAUGGAUUUCGAAAAAGUUCGACGCAACAGGUACGAAAGGUUUAUGUUAGCAUUUGAUCAUGUUGCGAAUAACAUCGACGAGAACUACAAGAAACUUUCGAAUAAUCCCAGUGCACAGGCAUUUCUAAGUCCAGAAAACGCAGAAGAACCUUAUUUAGAGGGUAUAAACUACAGCUGUGUUGCACCUGGGAAAAGAUUCCGACCUAUGGACAAUCUAUCAGGUGGCGAAAAGACCGUUGCUGCACUUGCUUUGCUUUUCUCAAUACGGAGUUGUCAACCAGCACCUUUCUUUGUCCUGGAUGAGAUAGAUGCUGCCUUGGAUAACACAAAUAUCAAUAAUGUUUCCUCAUAUAUCGAGAAACAAACUGAAAACAAGUUCCAAUGUAUCGUUAUCUCGUUAAAAGAAGAAUUCUAUUCCAGAGCACAGGCAUUAAUUGGAAUUACAUGUGAACCUGACCAAGAAUGCACAGUCAGCCGGGUGUUUAGUUUGGACUUGACUAAAUAUUCUGAUAGUUAAUAUUGAAGGUGGUUGUUAUGAAUUAAACACCUAGUUCUUGUUUAUCGAAUGUUAACUUGUUUUCAAAGUAUGAUUGAACAUCGCAAUGGACAAAUAAAGACUAUGCAAAGGCAAUUUACAUUGUAAGCAAUGCAUGUAGUUCAGAUUUUCGUAAUUUUUAAGAGAUAUUUAGCUCGCAAAUGUGCAAGCAAUAAAUUUACAUACGCUAUCUGGUCAUUUCCAGAUCUCGGCUUUUGUAAGAUUUCUGUAACGAGAAAAACUUCAUUUUCAAAUACUUCUGUCUCAUCGUUACAUACAGUCAGUCAUACUUUGAAAAGCAAAUAGUCUUAUGUAAAAACAAUGUAGUUUGGUUGUAAAAGUUAAUAUGUUUUAUUCAUAUACUUGUGGUAUUGAAAAUUGUGGCUACUAAUCGAUUGGUCGACCGACUUACGAUUAUUAUGAACAACUAACUGAGCGUAAGGUCUAAUGGUAAAAUAUCAAACCGCCUGGUGAUACCAACCAUCUCCCCUUAUGGAUGUUAUAACGCGGACAAUUCGGGAGAGUUCUUCGGAUAGAAACUGGCUUUCAUACUUCUAAGGCAGCUUGAAAUUCGUGUAUAUCGCACCUGGUACGCCAGCCUUCGCAUGCUUCGAACAAAGCAUUGUUGUUUUAAUUUUCUUUUUGUUCAUCUUUUUCAUAUUAAUUGUCCCUUAGGCCUGGGUUAUACGUCGCAUUUUGGUCGCGUCGAAUGCAAUUCAAACAAUCGAUAAUGAGAUGAUAAACCUACCAUAUCUCAUUAAAAAGCCACGCAUGCAUGUCAGGGUUGACAGAUUACUGAAAAAAGAAGCCAAACAUUCUUAUAGUCGGGCUUUUGAUUCCUUUGUUUCAAGCAAAGAAACAACGAUUAUGGUAAUAAUAUUUGGCCAAUUUAUUCACUCUGAUGCAUGCAUUACAAAUUUCAAUAGACACGUGGUGCAGGUAAAAUGAAAUAUUUAGCUCUCAUUCAAAUUUGAGGCAUCAUUUGAGUACUGCUCUUAGAAGCAAGAAGACAAGUCACUUUUAUGCGCGUAUGUUGCCACUAAUAUGUUAUCAAUUCCCGUCUUUUUAUCGGCGAUACGUAUGCAGUAUCUCUGGUUCCAUGCAGUCGGUGUAAAACAGGUAAUAUGUCUUUUGCUUUACCAUUAUGUGUUUGCUUUAACGAGAGAUUUGAUCGAAUGUUGCCGUCAUUUGAUUUAGUCCAACUCGUCACUCGUGUAUUGAGGUGUGUCCACCUUCUAGAAUCUAUUAUAUGACGCGUUUUUUAUCUGUUUCACGCAGAGUUCUGACGACUUGAAGCUGUAAGCUAGACAACAAAACUCGUGAACAAGAGAUUGAUGACCGUUGAAUUGUGCCUGACACUACGCAAGAUAACUCGCCUUUUAAGAGAGAGCACGACUAGCUUUUUCUCGAAGCAAUAUUGGUAAAUUGAAAAAGGUACAAAUAUACGAUUUAUGUGAAAAUACAAGUGUGUGGAUGUCGCGCAAUCCAUAGCGGUUAUGCCGCUAACCUUAGCAAACAAAUUAUAUCUUUGAAUUGAAUUAAAGACCGUAACUGGAAACUAACGUUGCCUUGUAUUCUUUUUAGGCAGAGUUUAUAAAAGAUUAACAGUUAGACUGAUCUGAUCUAGAGGAAGCCUAAAUGUAGCCGCCACCGAAAAAUAUAGUUUGGUUGAAAUUGCCCGAGAUGGCUCGCGGUUUGAAGAGACAGCAAGUCCAAAGCUGCUCUUCAACUCUUGAUGAUGAAGUGAACAGGUUGUGAUUUAGCGAGCAAUUUGAAACCACGAUGAAAC